UAAAAAGGCACACGACGUUGCUUGUAAAUCAGCUUCAAAGAAAUUUAAUUUUACCGUAAUUUCUCCAGAGAUCUAAAAAUCUUCAAAACUAAACCAUUGUAAUCGCUUUAGCAGCAGAAGCGAGAUCAAACCGACGUCAAAUCUCGCAAAUCCGCUGCGUUUUCCACUCAGAAAAUGGCGACUACAACUGAGGCGCAAUCAAAUAAUGAAAUCACAAAAAGUGUGUUUGAUUUAGGAGCUUUUGUUGGUGAUUUAGGCUCCAUUGAAGAUGAUGCCGCUAGUGAUGAUAUAUCAUUAGAAGGACUUGAGCAGGAACUAGAAGAAUGCAGAAAUGAUGAUGUAGUUACGAAUAUAUUGUCGAAAGGGACGAAAUUGAGAGAUCACACGAAAGGGGUUGAGAAUAAUUUACGGCAAGUUGAGUUGGAUUCGAUUCAGGAUUAUAUAAAAGAAAGUGAUAAUUUAGUGUCUCUUCAUGAGCAAAUUCGCGAUUGUGAUAUCAUCUUGUCGCAGAUGGAAACUCUACUUAGUGGUUUCCAGGGUGAGAUUGGUUCUAUAAGUUCGGACAUUAAGAUUCUCCAGGAGAAGUCGAUGGAUAUGGGUCUGAAGCUGAAGAAUCGCAAGGCAGCUGAAUCAAAACUGGCAAAAUUUGUUGAAGACAUUAUAGUCCCUCCCAGAAUGGUAGACAUAAUUGUUGAUGGAGAGGUUAACGAGGAGUAUUUUAGAACUCUCGAAAUACUUAGUAAGAAGCUGAAGUUUGUUGAAGCAGAUCAAUUGAUUAAAGGUUCCAAAGCUCUAAAAGAUGUUCAGCCUGAGCUUGAAAAGCUCAGGCAGAAAGCAGUUACAAAGGUGUUUGACUUCAUUGUUCAGAAACUUUAUGCCUUGAGAAAACCCAAAACAAAUAUUCAGAUCCUUCAACAGAGUGUUCUUUUAAAAAACAAGUAUGUCAUUUCUUUCCUCAAGGAACAUGCCAAGGAGGUAUAUAUUGAGGUUCGUGCAGCAUACGUCGAUACGAUGAACAAGGUACUUAGUGCACAUUUCCGUGCUUACAUUCAAGCAUUGGAGAAAUUGCAGUUAGAUAUAGCAACAUCUAGUGAUUUGAUUGGUGUUGAGACCACAAGAAGCACUGGUCUUUUCUCAACUGCAAGAGGACCGCUAAAGAAUAAAUCAGCUGUAUUUGCUCUAGGGGAGAGGAUCAACAUUUUGAAGGACAUGGAUCAACCAGCAUUGAUUCCUCAUAUAGCUGAAGCCGGUUCCCAAAAGUAUCCUUAUGAGGUUCUUUUCAGGAGCUUGCACAAGCUGCUAAUGGAUACUGCUACUUCUGAGUAUCUUUUCUGUGAUGAUUUCUUCGGGGAAGAAUCCAUUUUUUAUGAAAUUUUUGCAGGCCCAUUUGCUGUUGUUGAUGAACACUUCAAUUCAAUACUACCUAAUUGCUAUGACGCCAUAGGCCUGAUGCUAAUGAUUCGCAUAAUACAUCAGCACCAGCUCAUUAUGUCUCGGCGGCGGAUUCCAUGCCUGGAUUCAUAUUUGGACAAGGUCAACAUUGCUUUAUGGCCUCGUUUUAAGAUGGUAUUUGACUUGCACCUUAGCAGCCUCCGUAAUGCAAAUGUAAAGACAUUGUGGGAGGAUGACGUCCAUCCUCAUUAUGUUAUGAGGCGUUAUGCUGAAUUUACAGCUUCUCUUAUUCACCUUAAUGUUGAAUAUGGAGAUGGACAGCUUGAAUUGAAUAUGGAGAGGCUGAGAAUGGCCAUUGAUGACUUGCUCAUGAAGCUUGCUAAAACAUUCCCAAAACCAAAACCACAAAUUGUGUUCCUUAUAAACAACUAUGAUAUGACGAUUGCUGUUUUGAAGGAAGCUGGCUCAGAAGGUGGGAAAAUUCAAUUGCACUUCGAGGAACUGCUGAAGAGCAACACAUCGAUGUUUGUGGAAGAGCUGCUACUAGAGCAUUUUAGUGACCUAAUCAAGUUCGUGAAAUCCCGAGCCUGUAAGUUUAUAUUUCAACAUGUCACUUGUAAGAUUUCUGCAUUCAUUUCUUUAUUAAAGGAGAUGGCCUCACUUGCAAUUUAUUUGCCAGCGGAGGAACCGGGUUCGGGCACCGAGAAGCCCAUAACUGUUGCUGAAGUCGAGACAAUUGUGAAGGAUUUUGCAAGCAGAUGGAAGGCUGCAAUAGAGCUGAUGCACAAAGAUGUUAUCACCUCUUUCAGCAACUUCUUAUGUGGCAUGGAGAUAUUGAGAGCUGCAUUGACACAGCUCCUGCUUUAUUAUACUAGGCUAUCAGAUACAAUAAAGAAGAUCGUCGGCGGGUCUGCGCUGAACAAAGAUCUUGUGUCUAUAUCGUCAAUCAUGUACGAAAUCAGGAAAUAUUCAAGGACUUUCUAGAUCAUUGAUGUUAUGUUAGCAAACACAAUAUCCUACGAAGUCCAUGGAUUCGGAAGAGUAAGCAUGUAUUAUCAGCCGUAGCAAGUACUCUUCGACUUUGGAAAGUAUUAGACAACAAAAAUCGCACAAAAACAAUUGCUCACGGACAGAAUUCAGCUUCACAGUUGUUGAGGAAGUUUCUUCACUUGGUUCAUGUUCGGUGUGGAAUGCCGCCGUCCGAUUCGGGAAAGCUUUGCCGUGAUUUUGAUGGUGGCAGAUUUUUGGAUAUCAGUGUGUUCUUUCAAGGUGUUUAUUUUUAUUUUAUUUCAUCUCUCUCAUACAGCACGAAAUCAUGAUGUCUGAUUUGUAAAAUGCAUGGAUUUAUUGAAAACCUCUUGAAAAGAAGCAAAAGCCAAGCUAGCACUAGAGUUAAAGCAAGAGGCAAAAGUUCAGUUUUAUACAAAAUGCUGAGGAAUGUAUCAAACCAGUAUGACAACACCUGGUCUGACAAAUCAUGUCGGUGUCUUGGAUUUCUCUUUU